AUGGACAAUACAAGCGACAAGCAACACAAUCUCCCUGAGGACCGCAUUCUCCCGCGCGGUAUGGGAACCGCCGGCAGCAUCCCUCCCCCCGCUGUCGCCGCCGAGAACACAGGCACCGAACAGCCCAAUGUGCCUGAGGGCCGCCGAUUGACGCGCGGUAUGAAGGCCGCCGGCGGGGUCAUCCCUCCCGUUGCCGCUUCAGUGAAGCGGCAAGCCAGGACCCGGAAGAAGCCCACAAUGAUCAAGAAAGAGGAGCCCAGUGACGAGGACGACAAGUCAUCUCAGGGUUCCUCUCAGGGUGCGGCUUAUUCCAAGAAACCCAAGGGUGAACCUUCGCCUGGCCCCAGUGAUCCUUGGUCACUCAACCACAAGGGCGUCCCAGACAUGGACAAGCUUGUCCGUUAUCUCAGUCGCGAUUACACCAAGACGCCGGACGAUUCCGACCUGGCGGAAGCCGCCCACAAGUACAAGUGGCGCGGCAUCGGCCCGGGAAAGCGCACACUCUGGGAGCUGAGGGGCAUCACCCUCAGCGAGAAGGCCCAGGCACGCAAGGAGGCCAGGGAGACUCCUCAGGACGAGACUGCACAGAUCAAGCUCCGUCUGUGUGAAGCUGUAUUCUCCCACGUUGUCGGCGAGUGGGAGGCUGAGAGGUAUAGCAAGUGGAGGGAGGGCCGCGACAAGGUCAGGACGAACUAG